AUGACAAUGUUAUCAAGUAGCCCACUAAUCGUAUCAUCAAAUUAUUCGCCGAUGACCGCUCAGAAUUUAUCAGCAGUGUCAAUUUCAACUGCAACAUCAUCAUCAGCAACAAUAACAAAUGAACAUUCCCCAGCGUCUACCUAUUCUCGUUCUCAAUAUCGUCGCGAUCAACAUCCAGCUCGUGAUCGAAUAUUUGCGUCAAUUCUUGACGGUAAAGCGUCCGAAUUCAGUAAGCUUUACGAUGAUUGUUCUACGACAACGGACGACUUCUGCCCCCCUUCACCCUAUCAUAUGAAUUUCGUACAUCAUCAUCCAUCCGAUGCAACUUCUAUGGAUGCUCAAUCUGCAUCACAUUCUUAUUCGAAACAACAAAAAUGUCGAUUGCCAACCUCCAAGAAGAGACUGAUUCGCAAGAAACAACGAUCUUUGCAUGCGCCUUCAGUACCAACAUUGAGUUCUUCUUCACUACUAUCUUCAUAUUAUACGACCCCGCUUACGGUUGAUUGCAAUCAGUCGAUGAAUGCCGGCAGCGGGCUGAUAAUGGAACAGUGUCGAAAGUUAUCUUCAUUCAGCAACUAUUUCCAACCUUAUAAUACCCCAGUAGCAGCAUCAGUAUCGUCAAUCACCGAUUCAAACAUUAAUCAUCAUUUGAAUCCUCGCUCUUACCAAAAUACCACUUCGAAAUUAAAACACAAAAAAUGUAGUCUACGAUCAACGGCUCCAAUUCUGUACGAUUUGUUGUCGUCAGAUGAUUGCACUUCUGAGAAUAUGGAUACAUCAAAAGCAAGUGAAGCGUAUCGAUGCGCAGCGUCAACAAUGCUGCUGGGUAAUGCUGAUGAGUAUCUGUGUCGUUCGUUCGAUUUCUGUAUAUCACCAUUAAGUGCUUCUCCAACCACUACGGCUCCAGCCGCCAUGCAACUCGCUACACCAUUUCCACUAUCUCCAACAACUGAUCCACACCACAACCUACGUACUCCAUUCGUUUCCUAUUUCAAUAAUCUUAUGCAGCAAUCUUUUUUGAUCAGUUCUGCUGCUGCUGCCGCUUCAGCGGCUGCUUCGUCGUUCAAUUUACUAAAAAUUAUGCAACCAUUCGAUGCGAUUCCUGACUGGCCAAUCGCUACAAACUUCGAUCAACCAUCACCAUCACUAGCUAACUGUGAUAAUACUAGUAAUAAUACUGAUAAUAAUAAUAACAAUAAUAAUAAUAAUAAUAAUAAUAAUAAUGCUGACAAAAAUGAUGACAACAGGAGUACUAAUAAUUACAUAUGUAAGCAGCAACAACAGCAAUUUGACAAGAAUUCAUCGGCAACAACAAAGAGUGAUGAGGUUUAUCGUGGAGAAAACGAUUGCCUGCAUGGCGUCCGUAAAUAG